GAUCACUGUCAAACACAAUUCAAAACAAAACACUUCUCCACGUGCGACCACAAAAAUUAUCCGGCGAUUUAAAAUUUCUUAUGAUUUUGGUGCUGAAAUAUUCAAACUGAUGAAAUGGCGGACUUUAAGAAGAUCAACGCGCAAAUAUACGCCAAAACCGCCACCACAUUCUCACCGGACACAAUCUACUGGAAGAAGCUUGGAGUUCCGACGCUCGUGAAGGAAUUUGGCGCAAUCGAUUACAUCGAUUUUAGUCCGGUGGAGCCGUAUCUGUUUGCGGUGACGGCGUCCGUUCGCGUGCAGAUCUACAACCCGGUCACGAAGCUAGUCGUGAAGAACAUUACCAAGUUCCAGGAGGGUGCCCACUGCGGUUCGUUCCGAAACGAUGGAAACCUGCUGGUGGCGGGCGAUGACCUCGGCAAGGUGCGACUGUUCGAUGUGUCCACAAAGUCAAUUCUACGGUUCUUCCAGGGCCACAAAGCACCCGUUCACAGGACGUUCUUCAACGCCGAUGGCCACCACGUGAGCAGCUUCUCCGAUGAUAAAACCGUGCGUUACUGGGACAUUGCCACGGAGAAACAUUUGGCCACAUAUUCGGAGCACUCGGAUUACGUCCGGGCGGGUUGUACAAGCCCGGUUAGUCCGAAUAUAAUCCUGUCGGGAGGAUACGACCGGAAGAUCAACAUGUACGACACCAGAACCAACGAAAAGGUGCUUUCGCUGGACCACGGAAGUCCGGUAGAGUCGUUGAUUUUCCUUCCUAGUGGCGGUAUCUUUAUCAGCGCAGGAGGCACCUCCGUCAACGUAUACGAUGCCUUGGCCGGAGGACGCAAGAUUGCUCAACUGUCGCAGCACCACAAAACCGUAACCUGUUUGCAGCUGGCCAGCGAAGGGAAACGGCUGCUCUCCGGAAGCUUGGACCGACACGUGAAGAUCUACGACAUUGCUACGUACCAGGUUGUUCACACGAUCGACAACACGAACGGAGUGCUGAGCUUGGGAGUGUCCAAAAAUGACGACACCCUCGUGACGGGAAUGGUCGACGGACUUAUAGCCAUCCACCGAAGGGACAGCGACAAGGGCAAGGACGAGGAAGAGAAGGGCAAAGCUCGCAGCAAAGGUCGCGCCCGGUUCAACAACAUUUUCGAAAGCGCGGAUCAGCAAAUCACGGAUUUUCGACACGAUAAAAUUGAACAGUUUGAUCGCAUGUUGAAAAAGUACGAAUACAACCGCGCGCUGGACAGCGUGUUUGUCGCGAGUGUCAUGGGAAAGACCCCGGAAAAAACGGUCGCCCUCAUCAAGGAACUCAUCCGGCGGAAAGGAUUGCAGCGGGCACUGAAGGACCGAAAGCAUUCGUUUCUGGUAAAGUUCAUCGGUUUUGUCUUGCGCCACAUCGGCGACUACCGGUUUACGCCCACCCUGGUUGAUGCAGCCAACAUCCUGCUGGACGUGUACGAGGAAGAUUUUGGCCAAUUUGCUGGAACUGACGUCGGUAAAAUGUUCAUCAAUCUGUCGCGAAGACUGAAAAAGGAGGAGAAAAUUUUGAACGAGUUUCUCGAGGUGCAAGGACUGCUGGAAAUGAUAUCGGCCGCAGCCGACCUGAACCAGCCAGCACUCGGAGAUGAGGAAAAGGAAAGUGACCUGCAGGUUUCGCUGUCGGCCCAGAAGCAAGGGGUCAUCAGUGUUGAAUGACAUUGUGAGUGCGAAUAAAGUUUAUAAAAUCGA